AUGCUUUGCCACUACGAGGUGCUGGCCAUUGGGCGUGAUGCAUCAGCAGCCGAGAUAAAAUUGUCUUUUCGUCGCCAGGCAUUGCGCUGGCAUCCAGACAAGCACCAGAAAAACGGAAUCACAAGCGAAGAGGCCACGAAACACUUUCAGACCAUACAAAACGCCUACGAGGUGCUCAGUGACCCACACGAGAAGAAAUGGUAUGACGAACACCGCGAGCAGAUUCUACAGAGCGGAGAAGCUAACAGUAACGAAGAGAGCGAAAGUCAGUUCAAUAUUAUCCGUUACUUCAACGCUUCCGUCUAUUCAGGCUUUGGUUCAGAUAGCAAGAGCUUUUUCACAGUGUACGGGGAACUCUUCAAAAAGAUUGAUGGACUGGAUAUGGCAGUAGACGAUGAAUUGCGAUCCGGAGCUGCACCCGAAUUCGGAAAUGCUGAAUCGUCAAUGGGAGCUAUUAGUUACUUCUACCAGUACUGGAAGUGCUAUACGACACAGCGAAGCUUUGCGUGGGCGGACGAAUACAAGACGACCGAUGCACCAACGCGACUAAUAAGGCGAGCAAUGGAGAAGGAGAACAAGAAGUUGCGGGAGACUGUAAAGAAGGCGUUUGUAACGGAAGUGCGCGAACUCGUAGAUUUUGUAUAUCGGCGUGACCCGCGUGUGCGAGACUUUCAAAUGCAAAAGGAUCGGGAUAAGGAGCAAAGACGUCUCAAUGAAGAGGCCAGGAAACGUGAAAAGCAGCUUGCUUUCGAGUCCGAGCGUCGUGCUUUUCAGGAGCAACAGGAAGAGCUGUGGGCUGCCAGUAGAAUGGAUACUAGUCGACUUGCUGACCGAGAUAUUAUGUUAGAGCUCGAAAAGCGUCGAAUGAAACUGGAUAAGAGCGUGCUGAUAUGUGAUUUGUGCAGUAAGACGUUCAAGUCCACGAAACAGUUGCAAAACCACCUUGUAUCGAAGAAACACCGUGAGAAAGAGGAGAAUCUUGGCGUGUUUUGCAAAUUUAGCAUAAAUGACGAGGAAAUGGACAAAUCUUUGCAAGAAGAUCUUCAACAAGCAAAGCUUGAUUUAAAUAUCGAUGAAACUUUUGUUACGGAGCCCAUACCAGACGAAAUCAAACAUAACCGCGACGGUAUCGAUUCUGAGAAGAUCAAAGAUCAUGAGGAAGCAGUGCGAAAGAUGGCAGAGGCUGAGCAAUUAAGGCUCGAAAAAGAGCACAGGGCAGCCGAAAAACGCCGGGAACGCAAAGAUAUGCGCAAGAAUAAGAAAAAAGAGAACGUCAAAAAAAUUAUAACCAAUGCUUGCAUAAAAAAAGCUCAAGAUGAGUUAGAGGGUCAACGAAGUCGUUGCAAAAAAGGAAAAAUGCGAAAUUGA